CUUCCCCUCGCUGCAGGGAAAAGAGUUUCAAAAAAACCCCUGCUUCCAGCCGAUGAACUAAACUCCCCGGACCUCCCUCUUGUGUUCCCCGCACGGAGCAGCAGAUGAAGUUGUCAGUUCUCGGUGCGGGUGGUGGAGGUGGUGUUGUGCCGGGACUCACCUCCCGUGCGUAAAGUGGUACAGUCCCGUUACGCAGUCGCAGUCUGGCGCCUGUUCGCCGCAGUUCAGCGGACCGAGAUUUUUUUUAAUUUUUUUUAUUAGCAACAUGCGGAUAAACUGCACUUUACUUUGAAAACGGACACCAUAAUGAACUUUUACCAGCUGGCGGUUUUCCUGGGAGCAUCACUGUGUGCGUGUAAUGGUGUCCAUGUCACGGUGCGGGAGAAGCAGCGGUUUGCGAUGCUCUUCCAGUCCGUGGUCCUCCCGUGUCAGUACCAAACGGGCUCCAUCCAGAACCCGGUGGUGCAGUGGUGGUACAAGUCCUACUGUCGCGACCGCACGCGAGAGUCCUUCACCCUGCCGGAGAGUCUGGGCGUGCAGGCGUCCGAUCUCGGAGCCACUUCCCACCUGGAGUGUUCCGACAACAGCCGGACCGUUCGGGUUGUGGCCUCGGCGCAGGGAGCCUCCAUGACGCUGGCCGAGCACUACAAAGGCAGAGACAUCGCCAUCGUAAACAAAGCAGACCUGCGGAUCGGGGAGCUGCAGUGGGGCGACAGUGGCGUGUACUUCUGUAAAGUCAUUAUUGCUGACGAUCUGGAGGGGAAGAAUGAGGGCCAGCUGGAGUUACUCGUGCUAGGCAGGACAGGUGAGCGGGACGAUCUCCUACCUGAGUUUGAUGUGGAGAUUAUGCCAGAAUGGGCGUUUGUGGGAUCUGUAGUCCUGGGCAGCAUCUUGUUCCUGUUGCUGUUGGGGAUUUGCUGGUGUCAGUGUUGUCCUCACUCCUGCUGCUGCUACGUCCGCUGCUGCUGCUGUCCUGACACCUGCUGCUGCCCACGACACUUGUAUGAGGCAGGGAAGAUGGCAAAGAGUGGACAACAGGCCCCAGUACCUGUGUAUCCCUACUACAUUCCUGGUGUCCCUACUGUGGUCCCUCUUGCCCCGUCAUCUCACGUGGACCCAAAGAUCUCCUCUAUUCCCUCAGUGGAGAAUAACCUGGCUGCAGUGCACAGUGGUUAUCGACUGAAAGCCAGUCCAGACCAGGAAUCAAUGAAAGUUCUGUACUACAUAGAGAAGGAGCUAGCUCAGUUCCCUUCUGCCAAGAUGGAUGCUCUCAAAACCUGUAGCCUAUCAGAGCUGAGCUCUCUGCACGAUGGAGGGACAGCAGACUUCAGACACACCUAUCAGACAGUCCAAAUGAAGGCGCUCCCGCCCAUCGCGGAUCUCGAUGACCAUUCAGUAGUGAGAGCAGCUCCACCUACACAUCGUCACAGGCCCAGACGGGACAGGGGAAACCUCUCGGACGAUGAACUAGACAGAAGGUGGAACACUCGCUCAGAGCACCUAAAGAGAAAGACGCUGGGCAGAAGAGGGCGCACCGGCUCCCUGGACGAGCUGGAGGAAUUUGCACAGUCUUAUGGCUCCCGCUGUCGACGGGCCGAGCCUCCAGACCGGGGCUAUGAUCGAGAUCACAGCCCUCCCAGGCGUUCCUACAGAGAAAAAGAUGAUGGCUGGGGGCGCCGCAGCCCCUCUCCUUUACCACAAAAGAGGAGGGACACAUGGGACAGUGAUCGUCCAUCUCGGCCACCUCAAAGCAGAGGAUACGACGACGCCUACCUCAACAAUGUGCUGGAGAGUAAGGCGAGGGGGCGGGGAGGAGAGAGAUGUGCCGGUAGGGUGGACGAGGACAGUGACACUCCGUCCAAAGGCAGCUCCAGAGGAAAGGGCAGCGAUAGUUACUACAGCAGGUCGCCCAGCAACCGUCCGGAAGAGGAGGACCCCUUGCCUCCGUACUCUGAGCGGGAGGCCGAGCGGUACCGCAGGGCUGACCCGACCGCAGACCGGUACCGCACUGCAGAACCUCCCAGAUCAGAGAGAUACAGGACCAGUGAACCAGCCAUGAGGCCUUUUUCUUACACCCGCCCAAACCAGGGAAUGUCCCAUACACUACAGGGGGGCAGAGAGGAGAGAGACAGGAACCGAAACCUGAGCAGCGCACCGAGCAGGGGCACACUCAUAGUGUGACACGGUUUCCCAGCUUCGAUCUGCACAGCACCGCCAGUCCGUUCAUUUACACCGUCCUGUCGCUUCGCAGGAGGAGAUAACUGUCCGACCAUCAGCUACAUGAAGUCUGACUCCUUUCACUGACAUAACUGCACUGAAACGUUAAUGGAUGAAAAAAUGUGUGUGCAUGACGUUUUCUGUCCGUGCUGGACGCCUUUACUUUUUACUGUAUAUAUUCUGCAUGUGUGGUCUACAAAUGUGUGCAACAUGUCUUAUUUGUUACAUUUUCAUGACUGGAUUCACUUCAUACCAGUGCCAAGAUGUGUGUUGUUUUUUUAAUAUUAUCUGCAAAUGGCCUUUUGUAUAAACUAAGCAGAAACACCACUGUCUCAUUAUUUUUCCUCCAGUCUUCAUAUUACUGUUCACUGUAACUCAGGUUCACUUUAUAUUGGUGCAGUUGUCUGUCGUUGAUGUUGUGCUGUAUGGGAGUACUGUACCUUGAAUUUGUCUGCAGAUUUUAAAUUGCACUGCUUAAAUAAUUUUUUAAUAAAGCAAAGUUUACUGAA